UAAUGUGCUGCUGCCAUUUUGUUACGACGAGUGAAUCCUGAAAACGUUUGGCGAGAACGGCUGUAUGUAAACGAAUAAUAGCGGAACGUUUUAGCUGGUUGCUUUUGAAUAACAUCGGAGCAAAAUGCUUUCCGCAGCCCAGUUACUCGAUGAGUUAAUGGGCCGAGACAGAAACUUGGCCCCUGAUGAAAAGCGUUGUAAUGUUCGUUGGGACCACGAGACUGUCUGCAAAUAUUAUUUGUGUGGUUUUUGCCCGGCUGAACUGUUCACCAACACGCGCUCGGAUUUGGGUCCUUGUGAAAAGAUUCAUGAUGAAAAUUUGCGAAAAAUGUAUGAGAAGAGCUCCCGGUUCAUGAAGGAAGGCUAUGAGAGAGACUUCCUGAGAUACCUGCAGAGUUUACUGGCUGAAGUGGAGCGCCGGAUCCGGAGAGGUCAUGCCAGAUUGGCACUGUCACAGGCCCAGCAGAACUCUGGUGGACCUACCCUGUCUGGGAAGAAUGAGGAGAAGGCUCAGGUGCUGACAGAGAAGAUCGAGGCACUUGUCAUCCAGAUUGAAGAGCUUGGCUCAGAAGGCCGUGUAGAGGAAGCUCAGGGCAUGAUGAAGCUGGUGGAACAGCUGAAGGAGGAGAGAGAGCAGCUCAGCUCAACACCAUCUACAAUUGAGAGCUUUGCUGCUCAGGAGAAGCAGAUGGAGGUAUGUGAGGUGUGUGGUGCUUUCCUCAUCGUGGGUGAUGCUCAGUCCAGAGUAGAUGACCAUCUAAUGGGCAAACAGCAUAUGGGGUAUGCUAAAAUCAAAUCUACUGUGGAGGAACUCAAGGAAAAACUGCGACGACGCUCAGAGGACCCAGAAAGAGAUGACCGGGCGAAGAGGGAAAGGGAGAGGGAGGACAGGGAGCGUGAAAGAGAGGAGCGUGAGAAGAGACGCAAGGAAGAAGAGGAGAUGCGAGAGAAGGAGCGGGAGAAGGAGCGAGAGAGGGAGCGCGAGCGGGAGCGCGAGAGGGAACGGGAGCGCGAGCGGGAGAGAGAGCGUGAGCGUGAAAGGCGCAGCAAACGGAGUCACUCGCGCAGCCGCCACUCGAGUCGGGCCUCUGACCGCCGCAGGAGCCGAUCACGGGACAGGAGGAGGAGCAGAAGCAGGGACAGGGAGAGGGACAGGAAGCGCAGCAGGAGCCGGGACCGUGAGAGGAGGCGCAGCAGGGAGCGCUCAGACAGGAAGAGACGUUCACGCAGCCGGGAACGAAAGAGAUCCCGCAGCUCUGAGCGCAAGAGCCACCGACACCGCAGCCGCAGUCGAGACAGAGAUAGGGACAGAGACCGAGAGAAGGAUAAAACUGCCAGAGACAAAGAGCACAAGGAUACAGAAGAGAAAAAAGGCAGUGGAAAGGGCUCAAGUGAUGAACGGCCUAGUGAGCCCUCAAAAUCCGAGCCCAUGGAGGUAGAGCCUCCUAAAGCAGAGCUGAACGGCACCACUGAAGACCUCCAUUCUGAAGGUGACACACAGUCCAAUUAAAACUGAUCUGAUAGGACCUCAGAUCAGCUCCAGGUAAGUGCACUUUCCCCGACCAGCUUAGCUCUUUCCCCCUCCCUUCCCCCUUUUUCUUUCAGUUAUGUCUGUGAUUUUUCUUCCUGUUUUUUAAUAGUGCAUCGUAAGUAUGCACUGAAGAUGGAACUAGAGGCUGAAACAGAAGAAGGUAUAAUGAAACAUACCCAGAGGGAAAAGCCAGUGUAGUCCUGAAAAACAUGCCUGGAGGUACCUUGUUUUGUAUCGGUCAUACAUAUGUCUUUUUAGACAAGUUCUCUUCCAAAUUUACGUAUUUUUUUUCUUUCUUUUUUUUCCCCCCCUUUGCCUAUACUACCUCACCUGUUAACUCCUUGCUCACAGUAAGAGUAUAGUUUGGUAUUUCCUUAAUUCGUUCACUGAACAUACAACAAUGUGCCUAUGUAUGCAACAUAUAUAAGCACGCAGCAGUUUUAGCUCUAUCUAAUGUCUUUGAGGUGUUCACAGAAGGAGCUCUUUUUAAUCCAUUAAAAGUGCCGUCAGUGUUGAUUCUGUUCUUCAGUUUCAUGGAUGUGUGCUUCCUUGCCUUGCACUUUAAUGCAGUCUGUUCUUAAAGUCGAGAGCCGAUAGCAUUGGGAUGAUGGAAGUGUAGGGUUAAUGAAUUAUUGCAGCUGACUUCCAUACCUCACACAGCGUUGGUGUUGUGAGCGACCCCAUGAAAAGCCAAAUUAAAAAUCAAGGAUACUGUCAAACUGUGCAGGUACUCACCCAAGGUACUCCUUUCUCUACCCACAUCCAUUUGAAUGCUGUUACCUGUGAACGUGUUUCAGAGCUUGAUGUUCUUGGUUUCUUUUGAUAAUUCUUAUUUCUUUCAUUAUUAAAUAUGGUUAAGAGCUUCAGAUUUUUUUUCUCUUGUUUUAAAUGCUAAUCACAUGUAAAAGGAGGAGUAAAAUGUUGGGAUUUACAGAAGAACCCGGUUGAUAUCCCAGAGUCGACGUUAUUAGUUUAUCACACUUGCCUGCUUUUCAGAUCAGUCAGAUUUUCCUUUUGUGUGUUUUGGACUUUGUUACUUUGGUUUUCAACCUGAUUGUUGAAUCUUUAGUAGUUCCAUAGUAUGUUUCAAUUCAAAUUUGAUCUAAGCAGCUUGAUCAACAUGUAAUCAGAAGGGUUUUUUUUUCUUUCCCUUUUUUUUUUUUUUUGGCAGUUACAGUAUAGUGUGCAUUGCUUCACUAUCCCUUAUUUUAUUUUUAUUUUUUCAGCAGAGAGAAUGGUGAUCCAUAUAGACGAGGGGAUAUCAAGCGGGUUACUCUUCCGGGGGGAAAAGGGUGGGGGGUUGAGUCCAUAAUAUUUCCAUGGUUCCAGGGUUCUGUUUGUGUGCUUUCUCCUAAUCACUUGUUCAAAUGAAGUCAGUCCAUUUUGUCAUGUUGGUUAAAGUACAGCAAAGUCCAAAGCAUUUAGUCAGGAAGAAAGUGAGGGAAUAUUGCAGCACCUUUACAUCAAUUAAAAUUGUCUUCACUGUACUGUUGACUGAUUGGCUAAAAGCUAAAGUUGUAAAAUGCUGUUUGUCUUUGUGGCUAAUACUGUAAAAACACAAGCUAAAGCUAAGUGACCAUGAGAUCAUGCAUAAGCUUAUAUUCCUUGUUUUGUGGACAGUAAAUUACUAUUUUUCUUUGAGCAAAUGGAAUUUCAACGACUAAUUGAUUCUCUCUGGUUAUUUGUGCACGUCAGGGGAUGCUGGGACAGCUGAGUGAAGACCUGAAGACCUCCACAUUUUUGCCAUGCAUACUUCGCUGCUUAAAACAAGGUGAACCAGAUGUAGUGGCCUAAUUAGGAUUAAAAAUAUAAGGAAAAAAAAAUUGUUGCCCUUUUACAGCAGUUUCACAGGACCUUGUUUUUACUCCAUUUGUUUUUCUGCAUACUUUACUGUUAUGAGCUUAAAAGCCUUUAAUUACACAAAGGGCCCAUUUAAUUUUUGUUAAUAUACACUCAAUGAAUCUGUAAUAUGUUUGCUUUGCACAGUUGGGUCUCACUUCACAUUUUAGAAUUUGAAGAGCAGUUUUGGAGAGUAAUGUACAGUGUUUGAACAGAGACCCUGAAUGGGUUCUCUGGCGCUUAACUUUCUUCCCUCUCUGUAAGCUUAUAUCCCAAAUGUUCGAUCAAUUUUAGUUUAGAAAAAAAACUGGAUUUUCAUUUUGUUUGAAUUUUAAAAAGCUGUAUUUGUCUUCAAUAAAAGUCCAAAUGAAUUCA